CCAAAUAACGCUUCCAUCUUCGCAUUCUCUCAACUGAUUCAGACUGCGACCUACUUUGAAGGCUUUGAGAUUACUCCUCCGAUCUCUCCCCCUUGGACCUUGAAGUGGUUAUCGCCAGUUGGAUUAAAAUAAUAAAACAAAGAGAACCUGAGAACUUGAUGAGAAAGACAAGUCUCCUCCCUCCACCAGUUUAGUUUCUUCAAGACAAACCCCCCUCACCAAACCUCCAUUAAACAAACACUCCCACGACCUAACUCCUGGAUUCGAACCUUCAAAUGCUGUUCCUCUCUUUCCUUAUAUAUAUAUAUAUAUAUAUGUAUGUAUCUAUGUAUUCCCAUCUCUCUCUUCCUCAGCGUUGCCCAGCCAUUCUCAUUCUCAACCCUUGCAUCUCCCAUGAACCCUUUUCGCCGCAACAAGAUUCCUCUUUUCAACGCAGAAACACGCUCUGCAGGAAUGAAGGGCCGCAAGUACAAUGGCCUCUCCAUUUUUGUUGCAGUCUUCCUUGUUUUCCUCGUUGGGAUGGUCAUGUACAGCGACGACGUCAAGUCCAUCUCGGAUUUCCCAUUCUCACGGUCCAAAGUUCAAGAAAUCCCGGAGGGGAAAUCGAAACCAGCUAAUUCUGUUCAGGUGAUCGCCAAGAAAGAUGCAGAAGGUACUCUCACAGUCACAGUUUCCAACAACUUCCGAGAACAAGAAUCUGAGGAGACCCCGGAAGGCAUCGAUGUGAAGCCAAUUGUGGAGGAGAAGGGAGAGGAGAAUACUGGAAUGACGGUUUUAAUGGAAGAGAAAGCAGGGGAAUCAGAAGAAAGAAAACAAGAGGAGGAGGAUGUGGUCGAAUUGCCCCCAGAAGAGUGUGAUUUGUUUACGGGGGAAUGGGUGUUUGAUAACGCGACUCAUCCUUUGUACAAAGAAGACAAAUGCGAAUUCCUCACAGCACAAGUGACUUGCAUGAAGAAUGGAAGACCUGACUCUACGUAUCAGAACUGGAGAUGGCAGCCUAGAGAUUGCUCUUUGCCCAAGUUCAAGCCGAGACUGUUGCUUGAGAAGCUUAGAGGGAAGAGGCUCAUGUUUGUUGGAGACUCACUGAACAGAAACCAGUGGGAAUCAAUGAUAUGCCUAGUACAGUCUGGGAUUCCUGGAGGCAGGAAGAGCUUGCGCAGGAAUGGUUCUCUCACUAUCUUCAGGAUUGAGGACUACAAUACUACAGUGGAGUUCUACUGGGCCCCAUUCCUGGUAGAAUCAAAUUCAGACGAUCCAGCGAUGCACAGCAUACUGAACCGCGUAAUCAUGCCUGAAUCGAUCGAAAAGCAUGGCGUGACCUGGAGGGAUGCGGACUACCUCAUCUUCAAUACCUACAUAUGGUGGAUGAACUCUGGAUUUAUGAAAGUUUUGCGAGGGUCCUUCAGUGAAGGGUCCAGUGAGUACGAUGAAGUGCCUCGGCCAAUAGCGUACGAGACAGUUCUGAGGACUUGGUCUAAAUGGGUGGAUGAUAACGUUGAUCCAAACCGCACCAAGGUCUUCUUCAGCAGCAUGUCGCCUCUUCAUAUCAAGAGUGAGGAUUGGGACAACCCAGAUGGGAUAAAAUGUGCGAAGGAGACGAGGCCAGUCGCGAACAAGUCGAGACCACUGAACGUGGGGACGGAUCGUCGGCUGUUUUUGAUCGCUCAGAAUGUGACGCAAAGCAUGAAGGUGGGAGUUAACUUCCUCAACAUCACCACCUUGUCGGAAUUUCGGAAAGAUGCACAUACUUCUGUCUACACCAUACGCCAAGGCAAGCUGUUGACUCCGGAGCAACAGUCCGACCCGGCCGUCUUUGCCGACUGUAUCCAUUGGUGCCUUCCCGGAUUACCCGACACCUGGAAUGAAUUCCUUUAUACCCAUGAAGUCUUCUGUUACACGGUGCAAUCACCACUCAAUUGUUAAAACAAAUGAACAAACAAACGAGAAGAAGAUUGUAUAGGUUUCCCUCUUCUUCUCAUUACAAUUUUUGAUCAAGAUACAAUAUCAUCAAUCAAUCAA